UGGAAAUAAGUGAGUGAUUAAUCGUGUUCGCAAGCAUGUGUUGUCGGUUUGGAAAAUUUUCAUACUAUGCUCUAGAAAUUCUGGUUGUGGGGAAAACGUUCCUCUCAAGUGUGAAGCAUGCAAGUAUCCCAGCCUAAUGAUGUUAAAAUAUACAACUUGUCAGCAGGAAAAAGUUUGCCUGAGUGGCUGACUGAGCGGCGACGAAGACUUCUCCAAAAAGAAGAUGUCGAUAUUAGGCGAAGAAUUGAACUUAUUCAAGACUUUGAAAUGCCAACUGCUUCUACCCAUAUUGAAAUAUCGGAGGAUGGAAGUUAUGUCUUAGCUUCAGGCUGCUACAAACCACGAGUGCGAUGUUAUGACCUGUCACAGAUGUCUAUGAAAUUCGAACGCUGUCUUGAUUCAGACAUUGUGAAGUUCAAAGUUCUCUCUGAUGAUUAUUCUAAGCUUGUGUUUCUCAACUGUGAUCGUUAUGUAGAAUUUCAUGCACAGUAUGGCCGCUACUAUAAAACACGGAUACCAAAGUUUGGUCGUGAUCUGGUCUAUCAUUACCCUUCAUGUGAUUUGUAUUUGGUUGGAGAGAGUCCCGAAGUUUAUCGACUGAACUUGGAACAAGGAAGGUUUCUCAAUCCCUUGCAAACGGAUUCCGAUUCCAUUAAUUGCUGUGAUAUCAAUUUUGAUCACCAACUUUUGGCCGUCGGAACAUCUCAGGGUCACGUGCAAUGCUGGGAUCCACGUUCGAGAUCACGUGUGGGACAAGUUGAUGUCGCUACGAACGAACUAGGAAUAGAAAGUAUGUCCAGCAAUUUUCCUGAAGUGACUGCCAUAAAGUAUUGCAAUGGUUUGACAUUAGGAGUGGGAACAAGCACUGGACAUGUAUUACUCUACGAUAUUCGUUCGGAUAAACCAUUUCUGAUUAAAGAUCAUCAAUACGGACUUCCCGUGAACAGCUUGGCAUUUCAGAAUGACAGCAAUUUGGUCAUGUCUGCCGACUCGAAAAUUGUGAAAAUUUGGCAUCGUGAUUCGGGCAAACCUUUUACGGCAGUAGAGCCUGGAACAAACAUCAAUAAUCUUUGUGCUUAUCCAAAUUCAGGAUUGUUGUUCAUGGCGACUGAAGCACAAAAAAUGCUUAUCUAUUAUAUUCCGUCGUUGGGACCGGCUCCUCGAUGGUGUUCUUUUCUUGACAGCUUGACUGAAGAACUCGAAGAGGACGCACAACCUGUUGUGUAUGAUGAUUAUAAGUUUGUUACGAAGCAAGACUUGACGAACAUAGGUUUGUCGCACUUGAUUGGUACAAACCUCCUUCGUGCUUACAUGCAUGGAUUUUUCAUCGACAUCCAGUUGUAUCAUAAGGCAAAAUCCAUCUCGGAACCGUUUGCCUACGAAGAGUAUCGUAAAAAUCUGAUCAAAAAGAAAAUCGAAGAGGAACGAGGGAAUCGAGUGAUGGCCAAGAAAUUACCUAAAGUCAACAGACAACUGGCUGAAAAGUUAUUGGAUGAUGCCAACGACGGGAAAAAUAUUGGCAAAGUUGACGUCAGCAAUCCUCUGGGCGAUGAUCGCUUUGCCGCGAUUUUUACAAACCCUGAUUUUGAAGUUGACGAAAGCAGUGAGCAAUAUCAACUUCUACAUCCGAUAACUUCCAAGAAAGAAAAGGAAAGAAAACAAAGACAAGAGGAAAUGAAGCAGAAGCUUGAAAACUUCAACGAAAUAUCCGAUGGAGAGGUUGAAGGCGUGGCAAGCGAUGAUAAUGAGUCGAGCUCCGACGACGAUGACUAUAUAUGGAGACAGGAAUACAAAAAACGGCAAAGGGAAACGAAAGUAUCUCGUCAACAGCCAAAGUUUUACGAAUUAAAAAAUGGAGAAGAGUUCAGUGCAUCCAACAUGAAAGAAAACAUGCAAGAAAAGCGAAAGAAAACUGUGGCCCUCGGAGAGCGGCUGGAUGAAGGACUGGAUACGAGUAUCAUUAGGUCUGGUGGAUCGAAACUUGGCAGUAAAGAAAUAGUAUUCAAAGUUAACAAGAGUCAACGCGAGAUUGCACAAGAUGACGCCGCAAAGGCUCACAGGAAAGAGAGACAAAAAGUUCGUCGGUCUGCCAAAUCGAUUAUGCCCAAAGAAAAGCGAGCGGUGUACUGGAGGGGAAGAAGGGUGAGAUAAUGUAAAUACGACGUCAUAUAUUCAAUGUGAAUAUGACGUCAUACAGUUAAUGUGAAUAUGACGUCAUAUAGUUGAUGUGAAUAUGACGUCGUUUAGUUGACAUGAAUAUGACGUCAUGUAGUAAAUGUGAACAUGUUAUCGAAGUUAACUUCACGAUGACAUCAUCGGAAUAUGUCGUGACAAUACCACAACCAUUUCAAUUAACUCGAAGCUGAUGGUUGGGGAGGGGCGGUCUAGAGUAUGUCAGUAUACCUAGAAGAUAAUGCUAAACCCAGCACUCUUUUUAUCAAUCAUUGUACAAUGUACACGGUGCUUGUCAGGAUCUCUUUCAUUUCAACGUUAUUACAUGUUUUCCAUUAAUAA